AAUCCGUGUCACUUUUUAGUGUUAUGGAAACGGCAUUUAGUUGUUAAGAUAUCUGUCGUGGUUUGGGCUAUAUUGUCAUGAAUUGGUUGAAGAGAGCAUGGAUUUUUCUGGUAGCGUAUUCCAGAGGACUCUUAAUGCUGUCUCGUCUUGGUGCAUUAUCAAUUAUACAGCGAAUUCCUGCACUACCUUCUAUAAUCUUCUUCUUUUGGCCCCAAUCGAUAUUGGCUUAUUUUAAAAACGAGAAAAACAUAUUUCAGGUGCAAGCGAUGUUUAAUGUCGCGAAUGGUGUCAUACGUAACGCUGAUCGCAAAGCAAUUACCGGCAAACCAGCUCCCAAUGUAAGAGUUCAUGACCUUGAAGAUACAUCACGUGAAUGUCGUAUCAUGGAUUUCAUGAAAGGCAACAGGCCACUCGUGAUUAACUUUGGUUCAUGCUCGUGACCACCGUUCAUGGAGAAGAUCGAUCAUUUCAAAAAGAUAGUGCGGAAAUAUUCUAAAGAAAAGGUCGAUUUUGUUGUCAUUUAUAUUGCGGAAGCUCAUCCGACUGAUGGCUGGAGUUUCGCUGGUAAUAAAUAUCAAAUACACAGUCACGGUUCGCUGGAGGAUCGUGUGUGUGCUGCCAAAUUGUUUGCUGAACAAACAGCAGUGAGCUGCCCUAUACUGGUUGAUAACAUGGCGAAUGAAACAGCUUUAAAAUACGCAGCUAUACCAGAGAGAUUGUACAUUCUACAGAACGGGAUCGUAAAAUACGACGGUGCUAUUGGCCCCUUCGGUUAUAAUCUUCAAGAAAUGGAAGAAAACCUAAAAAAGUGCUUAAAAGAAGCUUAACUCAUUAUAUAUUACAAUAAUUGUUAGAAACAGCUGAUUUUACAACCUGACCAAAUCAAAUCUAUUCAUACCGUACUGUACAAUAUAAUUUGUGCCCUGCCA